GCCAGUGUCCAACAGCAGUCAUAUCAGUCACCACUGAAGCUGCGCUGCCGCUGCACCUGUAGUACCCGGCUCCCACCAUUUGGUGGCGUUGUUUACUAAACGAACGUCAACGAGCGACUGCUCGUCGCCCCUCCCCCCGCGCCGCGCGGCUCAAACCCAACGGCACGUCUCCACUCGAGUCUUGCGUGAUACUCCCGUGUGUAAUUGUGUGCGACGCAUUUAGCAGCCACUCCAAACCCACCCAUAAUCCUUUUAUUUUCAAUCUCGUUUCAAUUUCGGUGUUGAAAAAAAAACUGGAACACGCGCAUUGGACUGUGUCUCCGAACCAGUGGUCAAGAUGGCCGAACGUGCUGACUCGCCGGCUUCCGGCUCAUCCGGAUCCUCCACGAGUCCCCAGGACGAGUCGUUCAUAGCGAGUUUCAUCGCCGAAAUUGUCAAAAGCCCGAUAAACUUAAUUCUCGUGGGCGUUAUAGCAUUUUUGGUUUACAAGAUACUGAAGAGUAAAACGAAGGCUGAGGCGCCGGCAGUUGAGUUCAGAGAAUUACCCAGGAUCAGGCUUGAUUUUACUGUUGAGGAGUUGAAAAGUUAUGAUGGCAAGGGAGCCGAUGGAAGAAUCCUUGUGGCUGUCAAUGGGAGUGUCUAUGAUGUCACGAAAGGCAGGAGAUUCUAUGGACCAGAUGGACCUUACGCAGCCUUCGGUGGACGGGAUGCCAGCAGAGGACUUGCGACAUUCUCAGUGGUCCCGGGUAAGGAUGAAUACGAUGACCUGAGCGACCUCAACACAACGGAAAUGAAUUCAAUCCUCGAGUGGGAAGAGCAGUUCAAGGAGCGCUAUCACUACGUCGGAAAACUAUUGAAACCAGGCGAGGCACCGACAAACUACUCCGACGAAGAGGAUGAGGGCAGUCAGCAGGAGUCUGAGACAAAGUCCAAGGAUGAUUGACCGCACCAAGGCGCAUUGACAAAAAUAUUUUCACUGAACACUCAGCGCACAUCACUGUUGAAAACUUCUCCAACUUUGACAUUCGCUAUUAAACUUUUUAAUGUCCUGUUAUGGACAUCGCGUGUCUGACAUCAACAAAAACAUCUCUCAAAUCAUGCAAGGAGUGCAUACAAAUAAGGCAAUGGAAUGAGGGAAAAAUUACUGUGACUGUUUGUAUGAUUCGUUAGAGACUUGAGUUGAGUGACUCUACAUGUUUACCGGGAACACUCUUUAAAUACUUGAAAAAUGAUUUUUAUAUAUGUACAGAUGAAGUUUUUCUACUAUUAUCGAUUGAAGUAGAAACACUUAGGUUUUGUUUGUACUUUGAAUGCAGUAGAGGAGUGGUAAAACGUAAAAGUAAAAAAUCAGGCACAUCUUAUUAAAUAUUAAAUUAACUUGAUAACAAGUGGAUUUAGGGGAAAAUGUCACAUAUUAUUUUUUGUUGGGAAUUUUUCCAGCUACGAAAAAGGUCUUCUGACAUUUUCUCCUAAAAUCACUCGUUCUUAAUAUAAAUGCAUAAUUUACAACGUCAAAUUUGACAUGUUAUGGGAUACCACUUGGCUAGUGGAUUGAAAGGAAUAUUUUAUCUGUUAUAGCUUCACUGGGUCAUGAUAAUGGCCCACGAAGUCCUGUCUGGUUUUUCAUGCCCUUGUUAUUACCGCAAUUUCAAAUUUCAUUUAUUUACGAUGAAAAAAUGAUAGUAAAAUCAGUGGAACUAUACCGAGAAUGCCCUGUUUGUUGAAUUUAUUUCUCUCAUUGUUGCACUUUGUGAAAACACAGCAUGAAUUAGCUCCAGUAUGAGGAAUAUUGUACGUUGAUGAUGAAUAUUUUAUAGUCAUGCCAAUUGUUCGUAUGAAAAAUUUUCAAUAAGAUCUCGCCUAUCAAUUAAUCUGAUAUUUAUAACGCAAUAUCAGGAUAUGGGAAUUUAAAGAGGAGGAUAUUUUUCCAAUGUCCAUGGAGAAAUGAAAAUUAAUGCUAUUCCUGGCAAUGAAAUUGUAAAAGCUGUGUGUCUUCGAAUUCUGAUAAUUUCCUAUAAAAAUGUACAUUUCCAGAGUUUUUUAAUAAUUCAUGGGGGUUUUUGAACAACUCCAACUUAUUCUUUUUUAAUUUUUACAUUCAAUCAGAAUAAAAUAAAUUAUGAUAACGUUUACAUUACGGAUUUUUCGGUGGAUUCAAGAAUUUGUUACUCUCAAUUACCUCGGGGGGAUUCCUCAAUUCGUCAUUAGACUCUGGCUGUAUGGGUUGGCAGGUAAAUUUCAAGGCAACUUCAAUCAGGCUAUUCCGACGACUUUAUAAGACACGGUGAAUGCGAUGCACUUUAAGAGGAGACUGCACUGGAAUUUCGAAAUCACUAGUGCCUUCAUCCGUAGUGCUGAUCACUACGAGAAAAAGGCGUUAGAGGAAUAAAAUCUCCGAAGCGUCCUCAUGGCGCAUGAGAGUUCUCCAUCGGUUGACUCAAAUUUUAGUUCACAGAUACAUAAUAUGUACGCAAACCUAACUAAAUGUGUUUUUUUUUUAAAUUUCGAUUUCUUGAGUUUUUGGAAUUUUUUUCUCAGAACUGACUGAGGUGAGAAAUUUGAAAUUAGUACUGGAUAGUAGUAAUUAAAAAGUUUAUUAGUAAUGUUCAACUACAUAAAUCAUUGAAGUAGGAAUCUGUUCUGAUUUUCCUGAUCAUUUAUUCAUAAUAUAGUAAGAAAAAUCAUUUAAAAAAUCUAAAAAAGUUUAUGUUCCAAUGAUUCACUAGGUACUUCAAUUUGAAUAAUUUUUCAGAUUUUUCACGGGUAUCAAUUUCGAAAAGAAAAAUUCGAAAAACCCAAAACCUUAAAAUUUUCAAAAAGUUUCAUUUAAUUAUAUUUAUGAACAUAUUGUGUAAGUGUAAACAAUAAUUAAAGUCAAUCGAUUGAAAAUUGCGUCAUGAAGACACUUGACGAUUCCAUCAGUGAUAAAAAUCAAAACCUAAUUGUUUCUUUUUUUUUACAUUAAAACUGAAGUAGUAAACUCACCAGCACACUCAAUAAAGACCUCCAGAAUUAGCUUA